UGUGUGUGGAAUGUAUUGGGGUAAGGGUGCAUUGUUAGACUCUGUUAGAGUGUGUGCUAAACUCCUACAGCAGGGACAACACGACUGGACACCUGACCAGAGGUCUCUCUCUCUCUCUGUACCUCAGACGCUGCACAACCUGAACUCAAAGCUACCCAACACACAGUGGAGUAAGCUACAACUCUCAAUACAAUUACAAAUUACCAAUAUUUAUUGAUCGGGAAGUGCUGCGCUGCGUUGGGACAUAGCUGCGUUGGAGAGACGGUUGAUGAUCGAGGUUGGCUAGGUGGAUUUCCUCUGGUUUUCACCCGUCAACGUGGACUACAGCAACAGAGACAAGAUCAAGAUGAACCAGACCAAGGUGGUAGAAGAGGAACUGUAUAACUACUAUGACUACUCAGACUGGUACUCCAACAAUAUGGAACCUACCAGACCUCCAAAAGAAGUUAUUCUCCCGUGUGACCCCACAGCGGAUGACCAGCUUUUUCACAUAUGCAUCGCUUCAGUAUCUCUCGUUGUGGUGCUGAUUCUAGCAGUCCUGAAGAGGAGAAAGAGUCUAUGUGAGGGUUUUGCCAGUGGAUCAACUGGCAUCUCAAGUCCAGUGAACUUCCUGGACCAGACGCAGCACAAAGCCCUCGCAGUGGCUGUGUUUGGGCUGGUCUUCAGCAAGCUGUCUGUAUUGGUCCUGGCUCCAGAUCCCCUGCCCUUCUCCAAAGACACCCCUCAGGAAAUCAAAGGUGUGCAGCUGUGUCCCUGUCCCAUUAAAACCUCUUGA